GAUGUAAAUGUUAAUGAUGAUGAUGACAAUGAUGAUGUUGAUGAUGAAGGUGGUGGUGGUGGCGGUGACGAAGUUAUAUAAAGUUAUAUAAGAUGUAAAUGUUAAUGAUGAUGAUGACAAUGAUGAUGUUGAUGAUGAUGAUGGUGGUGGUGGUGGUGGUGGUGGUGGUGACGAAGUCAUAUAAAGUUAUAUAAGAUGUAAAUGUUAAUGAUGAUGAUGACAGGUGAUGAUGUUGAUGAUGAUGGUGGUGGUGGUGGUGACGAAGUUAUAUAAGAUGUAAAUGUUAAUGAUGAUGAUGACAGAUGAUGAUGGUGGUGGUGGCGGUGGUGGUGGCGACGAAGUUAUAUAAGAUGUAAAUGUUAAUGAUGAUGACAGAUGAUGAUGGUGGUGGUGGCGGUGGUGGUGGUGACGAAGUUAUACAAAGUUAUAUAAGAUGUAAAUGUUAAUGAUGAUGAUGACAGAUGAUGAUGUUGAUGAUGAUGAUGGUGGUGGUGACGAAGUUAUAUAAGACGUAAAUGUUAAUGAUGAUGAUGACAGAUGAUGAUGUUGAUGACAGAUGAUGAUGGUGGUGGUGGCAGUGGUGGUGGUGACGAAGUUAUAUAAGAUGUAAAUGUUAAUGAUGAUGAUGACAGAUGAUGAUGGUGGUGGUGGCGGUGGUGGUGGUGACGAAGUUAUACAAAGUUAUAUAAGAUGUAAAUGUUAAUGAUGAUGAUGACAGAUGAUGAUGUUGAUGACAGAUGAUGAUGGUGGUGGUGGCCCAUUAAUAAGAUGUAAAUGGGCUAAUGAUGAUGAUGAAAUGAUGUUGAUGAUGAUGAUGAUGAUGACAAUGAUAUAAGAUGAUAAAUGAUGGAUGAUGAUGACAGAUGAUGAUGGUGGUGGUGGUGACGAAGUUAUACAGAGUUAUAUAAGAUGUAAAUGUUAAUGAUGAUGAUGACAGAUGAUGAUGGUGGUGGUGGCGGUGGUGGUGGUGACGAAGUUAUAUAAAGUUAUAUAAGAUGUAAAUUUUAAUGAUGAUGAUGACAGAUGAUGAUGUUGAUGAUGAUGAUGAUGGUGGUGGUGACGAAGUUAUAUAAGAUGUAAAUGUUAAUGAUGAUGAUGACAGAUGAUGAUGGUGGUGGUGGCGGUGGUGGUGGUGACCAAGUUAUACAGAGUUAUAUAAGAUGUAAAUGUUAAUGAUGAUGAUGACAGAUGAUGAUGUUGAUGACAGAUGAUGAUGGUGGUGGUGGCGGUGGUGAUGGUGACGAAGUUAUACAAAGUUAUAUAAGAUGUAAAUGCAGGAGCCCAUCAAAUUUGAUGGGCUCCUGGUAAAUGUUAAUGAUGAUGAUGACAAUGAUGUUGAUGAUAAUGAUGGUGAUGAUGACGAAGUUAUAUAA